AUGCUUGCUUCUUUGUUUCUUUCCCAAGUCAUGUUGAUUGAACUUCACCGCUCAGAGGACCUAUUUACAAUCCUCGAGGCGGCUUUGGCUGUUGCCCCUAUCAUAGACGACCCCUACGAGCAGCCUGCCCAGGAAGACGGCUGCGCUGCGAUGCCAAUCACAAAUUUGUGGGCGACAGGGAUUCCAAAAUUGCAGCGACUCCUUGCAACUGAACCCACAAAGAAGGCAUGGGAGGAGGAGGUUGAGAGGCUGACUGAUAAAACCUUCAAAACGAAGCAAACGGAGGAGUGGGCAAUGCAGGUCAUCUUGGAGUGCUUGGAAUUGCUGCAGGCGUAUCAGGCGCACUCAUCCAUGCUCCGGAGUGCACUCAUUAUUGUGGGUAUUGGGUGUAGCCAAACGGUGAGGCGUGACCUGGUAGCCAGUUCAGUGGAGGCUGUGAUUGAUGUCACCAACCACGAAGAUCCGGAACAUAUCGUCGGGCUUCCUAAGUGUCUUGGUUAUGUGGCACGAAAACACCUGGACACGGCCUUGGGGGCUCUGCGACGACUAGCCAAGGGUCUGGAGAAGCGGGGUUUCUUUGCCUCAUGUGACAAGACAAAGAAAGAGUUGACGGAGGGCUCGCGCUCCAUCGCCGCGCUUGGGUUUGGGUACGCUUGCAAGAACAUGGAGUCUGCCGCACUACCAUCACGUCUCGACACAGUUGUCUUCCUUGUCUUGCUAGCUAUUGCACGCGAGGGCCAUACAGAGGGUAACCGGAUGGCCGUGUUUGAGGGGUGUUUUCUGAUCGGUGCUGCCGUUGCGCAGUACGACAACUAUUUGUUCAAGUGCCGUGAUGAGUUUCUACUCUUACUUCUCCGUGUUAUGCAGCCAUCAGCUAAAGGGACAUCGGCGGACUGGUUGCGUUUCAGCGCUUUUGCUACUUUACAGUCUCUCGUUGGAUGUACGCCUCAACCGCCGCUAGGCGAUUUAAUCACCCGUGCACUAAUCGACUGCGUCGUACGAGCUGUCCGCAGCACUGUCGACGUGAGCACGGACAGGGAUGUGGACACGAUCAAUCUUUUAAGCGAGGUGCUUCGUCACCACCAAUAUUUAAACGCGAUGCCAGUACUCGAAAGACUAGUGCCGCUGGCUGUGCUGGAGAAGGGUGACGCAAGGUGUCUGGCGGUGAAACUGAUUCUUGCCACCCUGGAUGGCUGCAGGGUACAGUUGGCAGCCUGUACGGCGCGUUCCCCCGAGUGGGUUGGCGCGUUUGUCAGUGUGGGAAACAUUAUCGGACGGCUGGUGCCUCGCAUAAUAGACAGCUGCCGUGAUUUGAGAGUGGAGGCUGUAAAGGGUGUGAUUGCUGGCGUCUUAAUUGCUCACGCAUCGACUGAAACAAUGGCGCAGAUGGGUGACAAUGGUCAAGAGGCGCUCCUGGCGCUGGGACAACGAGCAUUCGUGUUUAAUGGUGAUCGCACACUAGGCGCGGAGAAGGAGGUUAUCUCUAUUUUUAAGACUCUAUGCACCAUUCUGGUAGAGCAACUGCAGCGGCGCGAGCACGUCACCUCACUUUCGCGAGCACUGCUCUUCACUGGCAUGCUUGACGCCCAAGGAUAUGCCGCGGUGGGCGCUUGUGUCACGAUGCAUGGUCUUAUUCGUGGUCACGGUAAGGUGCUCGGCGCGACUGACGUUCGUGAAGUGCUUGAUGGACUCAUUGAAGCACUUAAGAAUGACUCUCUCAGCGACCAGGUACGGAGUGGUGCGUUGACAAGCGUACGCAACCUCACUCUCCACCAUGUCGUUUCCUGUUUUGAUAGCUUAAUAUACACACCAGUACCACACAGCACUGCUGUUAUGAGCUGUUUCGAAGCUAUCGCAAAUGAUAUCUCCCUCUGUGAGCUCCUCAUACAACACAUCCUGGACACCGUGCUGAACAGUCCCAUGACAGACGCUGCAUCUGCACAUGGCAACAGUCUCGCUGCGUCUUCCAAGGUACUCUCUGCGGUGUGCGGGGCGGGGUGGAUCGCCCAAACCGAACGUGGUAGUUCUAUCUGCCGUGGGCAUCGUGCAUCCUUAUACAUGGCUAUAGUUCUCUUCCUCACUGCGUGCCGAAGUGUGAAUGAUGAUAGCGCCACGGUUCUCUGUGGGACUGCGUUGAAGUAUGUGAUAAUAAACACUGUGGAGGAUGUCACCAUCGUUCGCUUUGAUCGCUAUGAGUGGAACAACUUUGUCGUGGAGGAGAGCUACUUGACGGCUAUUGGUGAGGCGGUUUGCUACUGGUGCCGUGACGGCUUGGGCGACAGUAUUGAUAUAGACCGUGGGAAGAUCGCCGACGCGGAGAGGAGAUUUGCGAUGGAGCCUUCCUCGCCGUCGCCCCUUGCCUACGAGUUGGCGCGGUUUAUGCUACCGUACUGUGGCCAUGUUUCGGUGGCCCACCGCAAGGCUGCCGUGUGCGUCUGCGGUGAGCUUAUUUCUUUUGUAUUGAGAGACGAAGAACUCAUCCGCGCUCUAAUAAUGGCAUUAUUAUAA